ACUUCCCAAACACAAUCGUCAAUGUAUGGCACCUCUGUACAAAAAUAGCCCACCUGUUCGAGACUCUGCAACUUUAAAAGGUGUGAAUUACAGUGGCGCAGGUCAUGAGAAAUAUCCGUCGUGGCCGACGGCGGCCGCAGCCGAUAUACCAUUGGCAGUCAGAGGCCCUGUUACAGGAGGGUCACAUCGUUCCAAAAGCUGGACGGACCACACCAACUACCCGAAGGAACAAGCACCAAUUCCAAUGAGGCCCUACAUGAAGAGGUCGCACGCCGCUUCUGUGGGAUCCAACACCCAGCACCUGAAAACGGUGAUGGAAAGAUCGGAGCAGAGUCGUAUCGUCACAACUACUUCUGAAGGCAUCUCUUCAACUUAUGAGCAAUUUGAUAGUACCAGGCUAAUACCUAUUCAUGAUGAACCUGAAAAAAGAAGCAGCAGCCCACCUGAACGUGAUACUGAUCAGAUGUCGUUACGAGGAUUGUCCAAAAAGGAUUUGGAGUCCUAUAAUACGUCAUAUGCAGAAUCCACUAUUUCACAGGAUACCGGAAAGUUUUCUCCGACCAGUUCCCAGUUGACCAGGGCCGAGUUGGAAGAAUACACGAGGACCUACGAUGAGGUCCUUGCAACCCAACACGUUAAACAAUCAUCAUAUGCCCAAUCUGAAGGAUAUCAUAGUUAUGUCUCCAGUACGGAUAGUAUGUCCACUCCUUUUCUUGACAGGUUAAGAAGAGACAGUGCCUUAAAUACCUUAUCUGGAGAAAAUGUUUCUAGGGAAGGACGUGACAGUGUGGCAACAAUUCAUUCUUGCAGCGAUAGUGUCGUCACUUCAAAUUCGGGCAGUUCUAGUGAAACUUUAAAAUGGCAUGGGUCCAUGAGUGACGUCUCUGUUGCCAGCAGUUCCAUGGGAACAGGUAAAAAUUAA